AUGUAUUUUCCACGAUCUACUUUGUUGGAGGCGUCCUUAGGCUAUAAUCUUAGUUUUGCAUGGUGUAGUAUUUGGAAAGCUAGACAGGUUCUUUUACUUGGGUGUAGGUGGAGGAUUGGUGGUGGUGACAAGAUACACGUCAUGUCGGAUCCUUGGUUACAUGGGAAUGGAGAACGCUGGAUUCCUUCGCCUCAACCUGAAGGAAUGUAUAACUUAUUUGUUAGGGACCUGAUGAUAGAUAAUUAUAAAGCUUUGAAUGUGACUAAAAUUCGCAUGUUAUUCACAGUCCAGGUGGCAGAGAGGAUUAUUGCGACACCUCUCAUUGGGUCGGUUUAUGUGGAUAAAAUGGUUUGGGAGUAUGAACGAAAUGAGAGUUACUUUGUCAAAUCUGGGUACAAGCUUGCUAUGAAGUGUAUUUUCCGUAAUGAUAAAUACCAUGUGGAAGAUGAGGUAGAAGAUGAUGUACACACUUUUUUCACCUGCACUUCUGCUCAAUCCAGUUGGCAAGCAGCUGGACUGUCAUCUGUCUUGGGUUCCGCAGCUUGUCAGCAAGGUAGUGCUUCAGAUAGAGUGUUUGCCUUGUGUCGGAAUGAGGAUUACACUACUAUAGGUAGAGUGGCUAUGCUGUUAUGGGGUAUAUGGCAUAACCAGAAUGAUAAAAUUUGGAAUGAUAAUGGUAGAAGCCCAAACCAAAUUGGUCGGGCUGCGUUUGAUCAUUGGAACGAGUGGAUUGCAGUCCAUAAGUUGCGAAGUAACGAUGAUCAUGAUGUUCCGCUUGUCAGCACCAUUCGGUGGGAAAAGCCUCGUAUAGGAUGGUUAAAGUGCAAUGUAGAUGCAGCAUUUUUUGUCGGUGCAGGUAGGACCGCGAUGGGUGCUUGUUUUCGUAAUAAUUCUGGUGAGUUUGUGGCUGGAAUUACGGAGUGGCAGCAACUGACUUUAUCAACAAAGGAGGGUGAAGCAUGGGCACUAUUGCAAGCUAUGAAUGAAGCUAAGAGUAGAGCCAUCAGAUUUAUUACUGCCACAUGUCUUAAGGAAAAAGGAAGAAAAAGAGCCUUAAGAAAUUUGGUUGAUUUAAUAACUAGACUAGAUUAA